AAUAUAUUUCAGUGUCUCUAAAGGUUGAUACAAUAUUCUUGUAACUGUUACAAGGAGAUGAUAUUUCCAAACAUACCAAAUCCAAUAAUCUUAUAUUCACAUGUCGAUCGAAAUCAACUAUAUAUGUAUGAGUUGUGAUUGGCAACAUAUAGGUUAAGAGUAACUAACAUAAAUUAAUUGGCAAUUAUGGCUCGUAUAACUCUCCCAGCACCUGAUGAGGCCGCUCAAACACCUGCGGCUGAGACGCCGCCGCCGCUGCUGUCGAUAGCUCGAAUAGCCAUGCUUGUGAGGAUCAUCACAUUGGUUUUUCUCGUAUUGACAGUGAGCCUCUUAGGAUCCAACUCCACCACCAUCAAACUUCCCGACUCCACCUCCACUUUCGACCUCAACGAUGUUUACGCCUACCAGUAUGCACUGGCUACUGCUGUGAUAGGAUCCUCCUACACCAUAUGGCGCCUACGUUAUUCAAUCAAGCAACUGAAAUCAGGAAUAUUCCAUGUUACGGAUCCCAAAAUUCUUUUCUAUGAGUUUCUUGCUGAUAAGGUGGUUGUAGCAUUAGUAGCAACAGGAGUGGGCGCUGCAUUUGCUGCGACAGUAGAGCUGAAGACAAAGAUUCAUGAAUUGGAGGAUGUGCUUCAAGUGUAUCUGGACACCACCGCCACCGUAUUUGCCCCAAAUGUCCCCAAAUUCGAUGAUUUUUUUAACAAGGCUUAUUUUCCGAAUAUGUUCCUUCUCAUCGCACUUUUUACUAUAGGAGUUUCGUCGCUUCUCUCAUCAUUGGCUCUAAACAAGACCAAAUAGAUUUUCAUCAACACACUUGUAAUAUGAUUAAAAAAAGAGGAUAGGUGUGAUAUGAUUUUUUUUUUAAUUAUUCUUUAAACAAAUAUAACUUUUAUAUUUUAAAUCCAAUAUUUACAUAAAAUAUAGUAUUAAUAUAUGGUGCGAAUGAGCAAAACAAGGAAGUGUAUCAAUAGUUGUCCACUAAUUUAAUUUCAUUAAAUUUUAGCCAGUUUUAAAUUAAGGGUGAGUUUAUUCAUAGCCCCCAAUUUACUCUUUAUAACCCCCUAUUUAAUUAAUAAUUAAAAAUAAUUAGAAUUUUCCUAAUUUACCCUAAUACUUCAUAGCCCCAAAUUAAAUUAAUUUACCAUCCUUCCACUUUGUGCUCUGUCUCAUAGCCCCAAAUAGUGAGCGGAAGAGGAGGUUACUACUCCUACAACGGCAACCAAAUGUACCCACCAGUGAGUUGACCUCCUAAGUCGCCGCCGGUUCGCAUUGACGCGAAUUGUCCGAGUCGGGCGGCGUGGUGGUUCGGCGACCCGGAGA